GACAAAGUUAUUGGUUGCUUAUUAGCUUUGAUGGCUGUCAGCAAAGAAUUCAUCAGGAAUGAUGUAGAAAAAGCAUUUGAUGCAAUGGUUGAAAAUAUCACCUGUACGAAGGCUUUGCCGAUCCUCAUAACCAAAGGUUUGAAGCACCGAAGUGUAGGUAUAAGAAAAACUGCAUCAUAUUACAUAACAGUUAUUGCAAAAAAAAUUGGUCACCGACGAUUAUUAAGUGGUGUUAAAGAUUUGACGGAUAAAAUUCUACAAGCCACACUCGACUGCUUAACUGAUCCAUCCAACGAAGUACGAUAUCAUGGUAAAGAAAUUCUUUUUUUGUUGAUGGAAAACCCAAGUUUGGAACAACAGCUAGAGAAAUACCUUCCUUCUGAAUCUAUUAAUACCAUGAAAAGUCAAAUAGAAAAUUUGAAUAAAAAGGGUUUGGUUGAAAUGUCUUAUGACAUAUCAUCUGCUCCACAUUCAGCAAAGUCUUUGUCCUCAUCAAGGACUGGAUCUGCUGCAAGCUUAGUAAAUGUUCAUGCUAGUGCAAAACGACCGAUAUCAUAUAAAAAUAUUGAAAUGGUACAAGAAGAAAUAAAAGAAAUGAACAAACUUCUUUCUGCUAAUGAUUGGCGUGUUCGACAAAAAGGUCUUGAAAAUUUUAAAGAACUGUGUGAUUCAAACCCUAAUAUUAUUGCAACAAACAUCACUCAGAUCUUUGAUAACUUUUUGCCACGGCUACAGGAUGCCAAUAGUAAAGUGAAUUUACUAGCUUUAAAGAUAUUACUUGAUGUGAUACCAAUCAUUUACCCAUCGAUGGGACAAGUUAUCAACUUAACUGUGAACUAUGUUAGCACCAACUUAUCCUCCAAAAACCUUGAAAUUCACAAUAUCACUAUAAAAAUUUUGGAUUUGUUAAUACAUUAUUUAGAACCAAGCAUUUUACUCCGUCCUUUUACAAACCAAGUCACAAGCAAUGCCCGAAAAUGUUCUGAAAUUAUACCGAAAAUUGCUGAAUUAGUAGAAAAAGAAUACAAGUUAAAACCAAAGCAAAUGGAAAUGUACAUUUUACCUUUAGUACUUCACCUUAUCAACUGUGUGAGCAGUAGUGCUACUGUUCAAGGUGGGAGUUGUAACUUGAGACGGGCAACAACUCACCUCAUAUGUAUUCUAAACCAACAAAUGGGACAUACAUUGAUGGAUAAAUUCUCUCAACUGGUAGGAGUUACCACCAGACAUCAACAAUAUCUCCAGGAUGUAAUAAAUAUUACCUGAAGAAUUGUUUAAAUGAAAUUUUUAUAAGGAGACACGACAAAAGAAUGAAAGAAGAUUUAGAGAAAGAAAAGAAGACUAUUUUUUUAAAUUAAUGCACAUGAUUGGGUUUUCUUUUUCCCCCUUUUCUUUUCUUUUUUUUUUUUUUUUUUUUUUCAAUCAUAUCUGACACACCUUUAAAUUAAUAACAUUAUUCAGAAGUUUAAAUUAUAAAUUCAAACAGUAGUAAUAUGAUGAAAAAUCCCUUUCUGGUGUGAGCAUAUAGUCAGCUUAAGAAGAAAAUAUAUUUAGUUGAAGGUGAGUUCAGCUUAUUUAGUUGAUAAAAGUGAGUUCAUCUUAAGUAGUUUAUGUGUGAAGAAUAAAUGAUUUGCUUUGUUUUGAUUUGAGUAAAAUCAAGGUUCUUUGUGAAGAAUGGUUUGACAAAAGGAAUUCUGUCUUGUAUUUCUCACAGAUUUUCUUUGCAAAAUGAUUUAAACACAAAGAAUAUUGAUGAGCAAUGAAAACUUUUAAAGCUUCUCAAAUUUUUCACUCUAUUGCAUAUAUUAUUUGAGAAAAUGCUUAUUUAAUUCUAGAUCAUUUUAUUUUAUUUAUAUGUGAUCUGGUUUAGAUCUUUGUAGAAGCUAUAGAAAUUACACUGAAAGUUAUUAUUUUUUUUUUUAAUUACAUUUUCUGUUUUUUACUGAGUUAUUUUAAGGAUAAUAGAAUGGUUAAUAUAGAAAAUGAGAUUUAAAACUGUGUACAAUGAAGAUGAUUGUAAUAAAAAGGAGAAUGCAUGUGUCUGAAUUUGGCAGUGAUAGUAUCGAUACUAGUGAUAUUAAUUUUGGCAUUGCUCUUUCUUUUUAUUGCAAUAUGGUGGGGACUUUGUUCAUGUUUACUAUGUAAAAUUAUACUGAAACACCAACUAUGCAACUUUUCUUUCAAUUACAAUGAUAUUGGCACAAUUAGUAAUGAUGAUAACGAAGCAAAAAAAUGUAGAUAUAAUCAUUUUCAUAAUUAUGAUCUUAAUGCUUCAGAUUUAUGCGGAUUAUAAAGGUGAUAGUUAUGGUAAGGAUUAUAAUAUUCUUAAUGGAAAGGAGGAUUGGGGAAUGCAGAGACAGUAAUUUAUUUUGUCCUUGUUUAUGUGAACUUUAACUCCCACUAUUGGGAGGGGGGAUCACCUUUCGCCUCUACAGAGGUCAAUAAAUUGAAUGUCAGUAAUGUAGUAGGGUCAGUUUGAUUUACUGUACCAUCCUACACAAAUUUAUGUCUAUUUACUAAUAUAAGAAUUCAUGUUUAAUGGAGAUGUUUUAUCAUCUAUAAAUGGGGAAGACUGUAAA